GGUGAGGGGCGUGUAGCCAUAUUUUACCUUGUGCGAGGGUAGUGGUGAGGGGAAAGGGGGGUGUAUGUGGGAGAAGUGUGUGGGUGCUGCUGUUCCCCCUGGGUAGCAACGGGCAGCAGUCAGUGCCCGUGUGACGUCUAUGCUGGGUGCCGGCACUCCAUCUAGUGGUAUAAGUGACGUUAGGGGUGUAUAGAGACUUCCUGGGGGUCAGGGCUGGGGAUCAACAUGCGUGAGCACCACCCAGGGGUGGAGAAACCCCCAGAGGUUCCACCUGGUGAAGACUGUCCUGGGGACAUCACUCGUACUGAUUCGUAUUCACUCACACGGGGUGGGAAACUGGUGUCAUCCCAUCCUUGGGGCGCCCCCAGGGUACAGGUCCUACCCACCAUGCAUGUCCUGGACCCCCAGGGCAAGAAACCCAGUGACAAGUGCUCCAGGCCGUGUUCCACGCUAGGCUCCUCAUCUUCGGACACUGAAAGUGAUUCUGGGGACUCUGAUGUAACCUCUGAAGAUGAAUAUGAGGUGAGAGCAUGCUUGCUUCCUCCCAGCUACACCCACAACACCAUAACAGAAGAGGAUGAUACUGAAUAUGACAGCUGUAUGCAGGUGAAUCAUAGUGAAAGUGAAGAUGUGAAGGAAAGUGAGACUGGUGGCUGUGAAAAUGAACAGCGGUUGCCUGGGGAUGGUCACUCUCGUCCCCAUAUAGCACAGGAGGUGCGGGAUGCCCGCGAGGCGGAAAGUGAAGAUGAGGGGAGUGAGAGUGAGGAUAGUGAGAGUGAGGAGACGGAGAGCACAGUGCGGGCGAGGCUGGAGGCUCACCUCGAGGAUCACAACGAUACUCUCAGCACUGUGAGUGAGGAUCUCAGCUUCGAGGAUGAGGUGUAUCAGUGUGGCAGUCAGGAUGGCGGGUUAGUGGGUGGUUGUGACGCUGCGGGCGUCCCCAGCCCCGCCCACACCACGCCCACACCAGCCACCCACCACCACACUCACGCAGACAUGCACAAUUCCGCCCACGAGCCGCAAGGAGCAGGAGGGAGACGGAGUACGCCCGAGCCGCAAGCAAUCGAGCGAAGAAGAGUAACCUCGGAGGAGCCGCAAGGGACCACAGGUAGAAGAAUACCUUCAGAGGACCUGCAAGGCACCGCAGGUAAAAUACCUUCAGAGGACCUGCAAGGCACCGCAGGUAAAAUACCUUCAGAGGACCUGCAAGGGACCGCAGGUAAAAUACCUUCAGAGGACCUGCAAGAGACCGCAGGUAGACGGGUCCCUCCUGAGGGAAAGAGGUGUACACCUCAGAGGGAAGGUGUACGUGCUGGGGUGUUUUGUCUGAGCGGAUAUCCCAGACAAGGAACUGGAGGCACCCUUGACACGCCCUCACAUCUCACACCUUCCACGCACAACUAUCUUUCCCAGGCACAACACACUGUCAGGUGUAGCGAGUUUGGAGAUGGUGAGAAGCAUGACGGUGAACGAGGGCAGGUGAGAGAGCUACAAGUUCCUGGCCUACAAUAUUCCACUCAGUCUCGCUAUAACCAUGGGCCAGAUAUGACUUUCCCACCUAGAGUGGGUUCUCACUCUCGAGCGGCUGGACUACGUGGGCUAGAGAACCCCAUAGCACUCAAGGAGCACUCCAGCACCUAUGAGAACACUUCAGAUUACCACACCCACUGUCUCUCUCUAAACAACAUUGACAGCCUCUACCAGCACGGUGUAUCGCAGACUUCUUCAGGAGGGAGCAACCGUGAGUUACAAGAAUCCAGUGCAACCCAGCAGCAGCGCCGCCCUCAUACACAGCAGGUACUGAGCAAGUACCAAGGUGAGCCACAGCAGGAGCCGCCUCAACACAGCCAACAAGUGCAUAACAAUAGGAAGGACGCCAGCAACGCCAGCAACGCCAGCAGCAGCAGCAGCAGCAACAACACACGUGAGGGUGGCUGUGGAGGUAGUGGGCGUGCUAGCCCCGCCCACACCCACCCCACGCCCACACCCCGCCUCCUGGCCUCCUCCAGUGGGCUGAGUGGCUCCACCUCCCGCCUGGCUGGGACUUCGACAGGCUACGGAGCUCUGGCUACCAGGCUUGGUGGCUCCUUUACGGCUCUCCCCUCCUCCACCUCUUCGGGCUACGGCUCCUGUGCCGGGGGAGUCCUGCCCUCCUCCUCCCGUCACGAGGACUCCGAGGAUCUCUCAGACGUGUCCUCAGGCGCUACCUCAGAGGACUCGGCUAGACGUCGACGUAGAAGAUCCUCUCAACCUAUGAAAGGCGAAGCGUCAGUCUCAGGGAAUGAGGACUUUGAAUGGGUUCGAGGGUCCCCUAUGUUGACUGGCCUACUAGAGGGCCACGUCACUCGUCUCUCCACUCCUCCAGAUCAUCGUCUUCACUCACAGAGAUCCACUCUGACCACGCCUCCUGAGUCAGGCGAGGAAGGUGUGUCUAGCCACCGUCACCGUCAGUAUACACGACCUCCUCCUGUACCAAGACCUCGCACGCUCGAAGCGGGAGAUUUGGUUCCUCAUAGGUAUAUAAGGGAAGCAUUAAGAGCCUCCAGGGACAGUACCCGGGAUCGUUUGUAUUCACCCUCUCGAGACCUGACGGGUUACAGACGCUCUAGAGACUCUUCAGUAGAGCGUAGCGGUAGAGAUUCCUCGUGUGAAAGAGGUUCUGUGUCUAGCCUCCACCAACACAGUCAUCACCACCAUCACGUCACGCCACGGCUACCUCAACACUCCUGUGAAUGUCCCUCAUGUUGGUGUGACGAGGAUGAACCCGGCUACGACUCGUGCGAUGAACGAAACCAUCACCACCGUCAUAGCUACCAUGAGGGUCUCCAACACGCUCACCUUCACCAGCCUCACCACCACCACCAUCAUCACCAACAACCUCCACGAGAACUAUCACGGGAGCGAAGGAUCAGAAGCCACGGGUCAGCCGAUAGUGGAAGGUCAUCGCCAUGUUGCUGUAGAAACAACCACCAAUUGGGGUCGUUAACUUCACUGUCAAGCCACGACUACUGCAACAAUACCCGCCUGGCCCUGCCCAGCACUGCCAAGGUGGGUGGACUCAACCAUUCCAUCCUCCACACCCCCCAAGGUAGCCGCCCACACCGCCGCCUCCACACUGACUACAUCACAUUAUGGAGCUGCCACUCCCCGCCGGGCAGUUCUCUGGAGGAACGAGUUAACCGUCUUGAAGGCGAUAAGGACUCACUCCAGCUACAGGUGACUGUCCUCACUCAACAAGUCGAGGCUCAGACAGAGAAGAUAGCAGACUUGGAGAACCUGCUUGAGGAGAAGAAAGCACAGCUACAGAAGACUGAAGAGCAGCUACAAAAAGAAGUGAUGGGUAGAUCGAAUUUAGAGACGCAGUGUCUAGAACUAGUAAGUGAAAUUAGCACCCUGAAGCUCCGUCAAGCCGCGUACGAACGAGAAAAUAUUGAUCUUCGAGAAAAAAUUCGACGUUCAGAUCAUCACUCGGAUCAUGCGAAAGCGCAGCCGAUAGUGUCUGGUACUGGUGUUGGCCGCACUUCCAGUUUUCGGAGCAUAACGCCUGCAGCAGCAUCCACUCCUGUUCACUCCUUCUUGGUCACACCAGAUUCACCACAGCCUAGUCACCAGCUUGCAGCGCAACUGACCAACUCUCCCUCACCGAGUAGCAUCUCGACACUGUCCACCAUCCCAGCUUCCUCACCCAACAAGUCCCCAGCUCAACCCAUCACUGCCUCUCCUGCCUCAUCGCCUGUAGCCUCACAUGAUGCCCGCCAGUUCAUGCCUCCUAGGACUCCCCCACCAAAUGCUAGACGGAAAAUUGACCAUUUCGGCACGGUUCCCCGUCAGCGAGAGGCGGGAGUGUGCGGAGAAAACAAUCAUGGAGCAUCAGCAGCUGGCAGAGCUAAAGGCGUCAUGUUCGGUAAAGGCUUCCACUUCCUUCCAUUCCGUGUGGCGGGAAAACGGAGCACUUCGGCCCCCAAUUUAGCGGAAACUGAAAUACAGAUGAUUGACGAUCUACCUGAGGGAGACUAUUACCCCCCGGUGGAUGGGGUGGUACAAUCUGCAUCUUCAUCUCCUCGGUGUAAUACCCUCACCGGUCACAGGUCACCCCCCACACACCACAAGGCUACAGGCAUCAAGAAAAUUUUCACCAGGUUGCGGCGUAGUAGUUCUGGUCAUCUAGAGAGCGACUUGGGAGAUGGAGACUUCAGGCGCGGGGGAAUGAGAGCUACUGCUUCAGCUCGCCUUGGCUGGACGUCUCCCACAAUCUCUUUUAAAGAGCCAAAUGAAACUUUUAGCGGAUGGAGCAUUGAAACAGUGGAAGGAUGGCUUGGAGCUCUUGGACUGAGUCAGUACUGUUCAGCUGUCCGUACUUGGUCAUCAUCUGGUCACCAUCUGUCUAAAGCCACACCACAACAACUGGAACGAGAGCUAGGCAUUCGUCAUCCGCUACAUCGAAAGAAACUUCAGUUAGCAAUUGCAGCAAGAAUGUCAGGGGAGCAAAUAAAUACACCAUUAUCCCGACUGGACCAUUCCUGGGUAUUACGCUGGCUGGAUGAUGUGGGUUUACCACAAUAUAAAGAUUCCUUCAGUGAGGCUCGUAUUGAUGGUAGAGUUCUCAACUGCUUAACAUACGAUGAUUUAUCUUUCCUUCGCCUCUCGAACCUCUUACAUGUCACGUCCCUCAAGCGAGGUAUUCAAGUUUUACGAGAGCAUAACUUUGAUCCCUCUGUGCUGAAGCGCCGUUCAGUGCCAGAUGAAGGUCAGAGAAUUAGAACGGCGGCGGAAGUUGCCCUUUGGACGAACCACCGGGUCAUGGAGUGGCUACGAACUGUUGACCUCUCUGAAUAUGCUCCCAAUCUUAGAGGCUCAGGUGUCCACGGAGCACUAAUGGUGUAUGAAGUGCGCUUCAAUUCCGAGGUUCUUGCAGCUCUGCUUUCCAUCCCGAGUGGAAAGACACUUCUAAGACGACACCUCAACACACACUUCAAGGAGCUGGUGGGUCGUUCCGUAGUACAGGAGAAGAGAGAAUUGGAAGCAUCAUCGGGGUACACUCCACUCACCACCUCAGCUAAAGUUAAGAUGCCGAAAAAGUCACAGUUUUCACUGAAACGGAAGAAAUCCAAAGCAGAAACGGAUUUUGAUGACCUGUUGUGUCCUCUUGAUGAGAAGCCUCCAGUAGGUGCCAUGCAGGACAAGGAAAAGGAGACCAAUGGUGAUGGCAGGCUUUGUUGAGGUAAAUAUACCUCGUCUCCAACGAGCAUCCGCCCCACCAGUGAUUGGCCGCAUCACCAAGGUGUAGUUGGAAGACUCCACUGGUUGUCAGGUCUUUCUAGUCUCUGACCUGCCUGCACCUCACAUCGUCGCCUGUGUCCAGUGCCUCUUUAUUGACACGAGCCAGUGUACAUUCAUCCAAGUCGGGGAUUUAAACUUUUAAAACCUCUGUAGUCAAGAGUUACAAUUUAUUGUACUAAUUAAAGAAUAUCGGUUAUAAAUGACAUUUCUAAAUACUGUUUCAUUAACUAAGCAUAGUAAUUAUACAUGGACAAAUAAUGCACAUGUAGGAGAGAGAAGCUUAUGAUGAUUUGGUCUGAUUUGGACCAUUUACAAGUCACACUAACACACAAGGAUGUGUUACAAGUCACACUAACACACAAGGAUGUGUUACAAGUCACACUAACACACAAGGAUGUGUUACAAGUCACACUAACACACAAGGAUGUGUUACAAGUCACACUAAUGCACAAGGAUGUGUUACAAGUCACACUAACGCACAAGGAUGUGUUACAAGUCACACUAACACACAAGGAUGUGUUACAAGUCACACUAACACACAAGGAUGUGUUACAAGUCACACUAACACACAAGGAUGUGUUACAAGUCACACUAAUGCACAAGGAUGUGUUACAAGUCACACUAAUGCACAAGGAUGUGUUACAAGUCACACUAACACACAAGGAUGUGCUACAAGUCGCACUAACACACAAGGAUGUGUUACAAGUCGCACUAACACACAAGGAUGUGUUACAAGUCACACUAACACACAAGGAUGUGUUACAAGUCGCACUAACACACAAGGAUGUGUUACAAGUCACACUAACACUUUCAUUAGUGUGCCUUGUAAAUGGUCUAAGUUGAACCAAAACAUCGUUACAAGCUGCUCUUUCCUAUGUGCGGGUUAUUUGUGUAUUGUUCCAGUCAUGGUAUUGUACCUUUUUGUUCUAAAUAGUAAUUACCAGUGUUGAUGACUUGGCAGUCUAAGUACCUUAGAAGUAAAGGAAGAGUUACAUAAUAAUUAACAGUAUAUUGAAUUAGUCAAAUGAGAAAUUUCGUCAAAAAACCAGAUGCAUAUGAGACAUACAGUACAAUACUAUUUCUUGUGCUCUGAAACAGACUGACUUCUAUGAAUGAAUUUUCAGGCUUAGCAACCUGUACGUGCCUUAUUGUUAUAGAAUUUACCGAAAUGUCAUUCCAUGCAGGCAGUUUGGAGAAAUGGCAGUUGCAUAACAUUGCGUGUUUGGACUCGACUUGUAGUGAGUGCGAUUGCUUUACCUAAGCCAUUUUUACUUUUGAUAUGAUAGAUUUUGCAUUUUCUUUGAAAUAAAGUUUGUUCUUUCUAAAUAACUAUUAUUAUUUUUUUUCAGUGACGUUUCUAAAUAACUAUAAAUUUUGUUUCAGUCAAAUAGCUUCGUGUUUUAGAAUUUUUUGUAAAAUUUUAGUUUUGUGUUAAUAGAAAUUAAGAUAAUUAAGUUUUAGUAGAUAUCUAUUGACUCAACUAUAUUUUUUUUUAUUUUUUGGGAAGGGAAAUAAGUAUCGGAAAAAUGCCGAAUUGUUUUCACUUAAAAAAAUAAAGGUAGAGACCUGUACUUUUUUAUAUAUUGACCUUGAGAUUAGUGUGAAGGGACCGUAAGAUUAUUUUGUUCAUUGGGAUUUGUUGAUGGACUACGAACCGUGGUUUGAUGGGUUGAUUGUUGCCUGCAUAACUUGAUCAACGUGUAAUUUAAAUUACCACGGAAGAUGCUUGUACAUGUUGUACAAGGUAUAAUAAUACGGUUAUUGGGGUCUUUUAGGGGGGUGUGUGCUAAAGUAUUAGCAUUGGUGGGUAUCAGCUAAUUUUUAUGGUAUUGGUAUCGUCCCAUUGUUAGUUUCAAGGAAAUGCUUUUUUUUUUUUAAUGCAUCUAGUUAGGGUGACCCAAAAAGAAGGAUUUUUUUUUUUUUUUU